UCCCGUUCGAGUUCCGAAUCGUAAACGUCGAGGUGACAUCCGCGCGCGCGAAAGUGACAGCUCCACGAGUGGUGUGCUCCAAGUCUCCCCGGAGAAGAACGCGUCGAGGGAAACGUUACGUUCACCAAAGAGAGUCCCUUUGCAGAUAGUAAUUUUGUCAACUCUACCGACACAUCUCUUUCCCGAGAUCAGCUGGCAAGACAAGGCAUCAAAGGCAUUUUACGUGAUAUUUACAGUAUUAAAAGUGGGGAUACGCAUAAUUUACAAAACGCGAAUCACAAGCGGAUUAAGAACAAGGAAAAGCCGAAAACGAGUGGUGGAUACGGAAGAGUUAGGUCGUGAGAGCUCCGGGAGGGAUAGCCUUUGAUUGUGAUGUGGUGGAGCCCCCCGGAGGGCCGCGGGGGCAGGAGGUCAGAGGCAGAUCGGUCGUGAGGGCAACAAGCACGGCUCGGCUGUCCCGUGGCGAAAUCGCCGGUAGGGCGGAGGAGGAGGUAGGAUGGUGUGACCUCCGGCGUCAUCCCGCCCGACGCGGAGGUGGUGCUGGGGGUGGCGGAGGUGGCGGUGGAGUCGAGCAGCUGCUGCCCGACUCAGAGGAAGAGGAGCCGACGGCGAUGUCGAGGCAGCUUCGAAGCGAACGAGACCACGUGAGCCGUGACUACCAAGAGGGAUACCACAGUGAUUUUCGGGACUUGCGCGACCUUAGGGAUUUCAGGGACUUCCGAGAUACGUCCCUCGACGAAAGGGACAGUCAGGGACUCAGAGAGGGACCCGUCUCUGGCAGGACAUAUCGGGACGACUACGCGGAAGAAUACGAUCAUCGUCCUACCGCUGCAUCCACCUCAGCGAACCUUGAGCGAACCAACAACCCGGUAGAUUUUUGGAUAUACUCAUGGUGGAAGAAUUCUUCCACCAUGGAUAUACUAGUCUUUUCUUCAGUCGGCUCUUUUAUUGAUUCUUGACAUUUAUUCUUGAACACUACAAGGAUGCAAAGGUUCAGUGACACCGUAAAAAAAAAAGAAGAAGAAUGGAUUAGAAACAGAGAAGAGACAAGUUUCUGGAAUAUUCUUUUUUCAAGGUAUAUAUUCUACCUUCUUGUUGUCAAUUGAAGUUGCGGUAAAGGGCUUAAAACGCAUUAAAACACGUUUACACAUAAGAAUAUACAAAAAAGGAGAUUUGAAAAAUUAUCCAAUUAUAUAAAAAAAGAAGCAAAAAAUUUUUUAGAACCCACAAUAGAAUAUGUAAAAAAUAUUGGUAUGUUUAUUUAACUACUAUAUUCAUAUUAUUUUAGUAUAUAUUUAUAUAGAAAGAAUUAACCAUUUUGUCUCAGUCAGCUGAGCAGAAAUAAAUAAAUGAUAAACAAUAUGUUUCUGUUUACCAAUAUUUAUCCAAACAGCAUCGCGUACAACAUUUUAGCAUUAAGAUUAAGCAUAUGUCACAAUAAAAUAAAGCAGAAUUUUGAUUAAAUAAUUAAACAUUAACAAAUAAUUUAUUUUACUGUAAUGCUUUAUACCAUAAAUAUUUAUUACAAAAGAAAAAAGAACUUUAAAACAAUACAACAAUUUUCUUGAAUUUUUAUGAGAGAUUUAAAAUUUAAGGGAAAGUAAUUUCUUUGCAAUAUACUUUAACUGAGGGAUGUUCUAGAAGAAAGUUCUUAGGACGUCCGAACAUUCUCAGGGCAUCUUUCGAAGGUCUACGCUGUAGGGAAUAAAAAGAAUAGUGUUGAUUAUAGACGAUUUAGCUCGUAGCGACUUCAACCAAAAAUCAGUGUUUAAAAAAAUGAUGGUCAUUAAAAUAUAUUAUUAUAAUACCAUAAAAACUAAUCUAUCCAAUAAAAAAGAAAGAAAGAAAUCAAUAUUCAUUAUCUGUUCAUAGAAUGUUAAGGUGUAAAACUUUAUCUUAAAUAGUGCUACAAAUUGAUUUUCCGAAAUAAGAACAAACAUAUGUUAUUAUUGGUCAGAUUAGUUUAAGUAAAAUGCAGUUUAUGCAUACAAAAAUAUUUAUGGUAUAAAAUUCAAGUUGAUAAAAAUUUUGACGCAAACUUGAUUAAUGUAACUUUAGCUUAAAAUUUUAAUCAAGGUUUAAUUCGGUAAAAUAUAUAAUACGCAAAUUUAAUACAAUGAAUGUUAAACAAACUUUAGGAAUUUUAAAUCUUAAUAUUUGAAUAACUAUUAUUCAGAGUAAAGAAGUUGCAAAGAUUCUAUUACUUAAUUUUUCGAAAUCUAUUAUAAUGUUUAAACCUGCAUAUUUUGAGACAGGCAAAUAGUGUUGAUGUGUGAGUGCAUGUGGAAGAUGACGUGUACACAGAUCCUAUGGGAUUAUGAGUUGGUGCUUUUAUUGUUUUUCUGUGAGAAAGAGAGAAAGAGAGAGAGAGAACGAACUGACUAAAUGAAGAAGGGAUCGACGGUGGGGUUUGUAUCUUCGAAGAAUCUACGCGCAUUUUCACUUAGGCAGGCUACACGAUCCGACCGGCGUUGAUGCACCCCACGUGGUUAGAUCAUUAGUACCGACUAUUCGACAGUCUGCAAGUACCUGCCCCUGCCCUUCAAACUUGUUGCUUUUAUCUUUAGUUUUUUUCCGUUAUUUUCUUUUCUUCUAUGAUGAUGGUAACUUCGCCUCAAGAAUCUCAUUUAACCAUUUGAAUUCUGGUCUUAAAAGAAUAUUAUACAAAUUGGAAUUUUUGUUUUUAUAAAUGUAAUUUACUUUUUAAUAUAAAGAAUUUCUAAAUUAAUAAUAAAUUGAAAUCCAAAUUAGAAUUUAAAAUAUUAAUUAAUUGCACUGUUUAAACUAUGUUUAAGACUGUUGCUCCUGAAUUGUAAUAUAUAUUAUAUAUAGUUUAUACAAACAUUUAUUAUAAAAAUUAAUGAAUUAUUUAAUUUUUUAAAUCAAAGAUAUCGUACAUACGUAAUUAAUUUAAUUUAAUUUAUAUCUUAUAAAAUUUAUUUUAAUAUACUAUCGAUGACAACAUUAAAAGUAACUAAGUAGAAAUUAAUUACAUUUCAAGAUUGAUAACGAUCACGCUGUGCUACAAAAUGUUUAUCUCGUUGAGAUACUGUUAUGUACAAGGGAAUAACGGAUAUAUGUUUUGCGGUUAUCUUUAUUCAUGAUUUUUUUGACAUUAUUAAACGUAUAUAUUAUAUGAUCGCUCUGAUGUGCUAAGUUGACCUACGGCAAGUAAUUGUCAAAUCUUUAAUUAACUAUCCGGUCUCCGACAUUGCUGUUCUCUUGUCGUCCGACAAAAAUUUAUCUAAGGUUGAGCAGAUUGGCGAAUGAUACGCUCACAUCAUAGAACCUGUCCGCCUCCGGUUUCUUCAGAUUCCAUAACGUAUAAAAAAUCAGUGAGUCUGAAUGAAGUAAAAAUGGCAAAAUUUAUCCGUGAAAUAACGGUAAAAUAACUAAAAAAGCAUUUAUAAAUUGCGGACAAAACUUAUAGCUGAACUAAUGUGUUAUUAAUUAACUUGCAUUUGUGAUGGAAAAAA